UUCUUAUCUGAAGUUUGACGGAUUCAAUGGCCGAGAAGAUGCGAUUGUCCUUUAUCGAGUUAUCAUGUGACGAAAAUAUGCGAUAGUGUUAAUAUUUCGAUUUUCUGUUUAUGUUUACAUUUAGAAUAUCGAUAAAAUAUAAAUAAUGAAUAGGUUACUCUAGCUCAAGUUUAUUUGAAAACUUGAAUGCGAUUAUUGAUUUGUAAUUUGUGAAAUGUUCAAUAGAAAUAUGGAAAAUCUAUAAUUAUUGUUACGUUGUUAUUUACACAUGUACAAAUGUUCUAAAUAAAAUAUGUUUAAACCAAAUAUGGAAAAUACAUUUCUGAAAUAGAAAGUUGAACAAAUCUAUAUACAAUGUAAUCUAUGGAAAGGCUAACAAGUUCAUCAGACUACACCAGUUUAACAAUGGAAGUGACAGGAAGAACAUCAAGAGAGAACGACAUCAGUUAUAAGGAUUCGGAGAGAACCAAUGCUAUUAUCAACUGUGAUCCAUGCGGAAACGAAGGAGGCGAACAACUGGCCGAGGGCUUCUGUGAAAAUUGCCAAGAAUAUUUAUGUGCAUCUUGCUACAAGAUUCAUCGCCGUCCCGCUGUUUGGCGUCAUCAUGUUCUCCUUGAUAAAGAAAAUAUGCCAUCAUCAAAGACAACGAAAGAACAGUUGAACUAUGAAUGUACCGAACCUUGCUCUGAGCAUUCCACAAAAGUACUUGAAUAUUUUUGCCAGACACAUUCUCAGCUAGGUUGUCCAGUAUGUAUUACUACAAAACAUCGAUUGUGCAACGACGUUGAUUAUAUACCAGGCAUAGCCAACCAAUUCAGAGAAAGUACAGAAGUAAAAGAGACAUAUGAAACACUUCAAAGCUUGAAAGAAGAUAUAAAUACAUAUUCUGCCACACUUAGUGUAGACAAGAUGAAAAUUAAAACUUAUGAAAAGAAUGCAAAAGAACACAUAUUGCAAUUAAGAGAUGAAUUCGAUAGCAUAUGCAAUAGGUUGGUUGAUAAUGUCGAACAUGUUAGUAAAUGUGACGAAAAUAAUAUAGAGGAUUCUCUCAAAACAUGUGAAGAAAUAUUAAAAAACAUAAAAUUACGCCAGUCUGUUCUUGAGAAAAAACAAGCAGAAAUGAAGAUAUCACAACUAUUCACUGAAGCUAAGCUUUCAGAACUGUCUGCAGAAGAGUAUAGAAGAGAGUUGGAGACGAUUAAAGAAUGUACAAAAAGUCGACAUUACGAAAUAAAGUGUGAUAUUGAAGCCUUGCGCGAAAUGAUUAAAUUGACUUUUCGUGACAAGCAAAAUGAAAACGAUCCUUUAUGUGCAAAGGUUACAAGUGAAUAUGAAUAUCCACAGAAGAAUACAAUAAAACAUGGGCAUAUCCAUAAUCUUGAUUCAAUGGCUGGUAAUAAGGAAGAGAAUGAAGAAAAGAAGAGUGGAGGUGCAUGGGGACAUUCGAUAUAUCCGAUGCCCCAGGUAACCAAUGCUGCCCACGCCGGCACUUCCGCUAACACAAAGUACCAACAGAAAAACUAUGGCUCACAUGUACAAUAUGGAACAAAUAAAAUGUAUGACAAUCUGACUGGUCAGUCUAGCGGUGAUUUCUCUAAAAGUCACUAUGGAACGUCACAGGCACAACCCAAAGCUAACUGUAUGGGUCAGCCUAUCAGUGAUGAUAAGGGAGGGUUCAAGCCAAACAAUCUUGUAGCCUCGCCACCUGAAUUUCUUACCUUGGAGGAAUUUCUUGCAGAGGGGAGAGAUGGGAAAACAUCACCCAGGCAAAAGCUUGAUAAUAAGAAAGAGAAAGAAGAAAAAAAGAGUGGAGGUGCAUGGGGACAUUCGAUAUAUCCGGUUACUAGGAAAGCAUUUGAUAAGGCAGAGAAUAUAUCCCAGAUAAGUAAGAUAAGUGGAGAUGCAUGGGGUCAUUCAAAGUCUAAGGGAAAUUGGGAUACUUAUGAGAAGGAAACUACUGAUUACAAGAAAAGUGUAGAUUCAUCGGAACAUUCAAAAUCUGAGGUUUCUUUGAAGAAUGUAGGCCAGAUAAUCAAGAUGAGUGGAGAUGCAUUGGGUCAUUCAAGGUCUAAGGGAAGUUGGGAUACUUAUGAGAAGGAAACUACUGAUUACAAGACAAGUAUAGAUUCAUCGGAACAUUCAAAAUCUGAGGUUAAUUGGAAGACAAAUGAUAAGAAAGAGAAUGAAGACAAGACAGAAUAUUUGUAUGGCAAUGACAAAUGGUUAAAUAAGGGACCGCAACAGGAACAAUAUCAGACGAGAAGGACAAAAAAGAACAAUAUGAAAAACAAGAAAGGUCAAAAGGGCCGCCGCUAUGAGGAAAGUCAAAUAAUAGCCAUGACACAGUAAUUGUUGCUGUAACAGAAGAUGACUUACAUCAUGGUUUAAAUAUUUAUAAAAGCUAUUGUGAUACCUGGAAACUCACACUCAAUACAACAAAAACUAAAGUUUUGGUUUUUAAAGUGGACGACACAUGCCAUAUAAUUUUACUUAUGGAAAUGAACUUUUCGAAAUUGUAGAAGAGUAUAAGUAUCUGGAUAUUCUUUAUAGUAAAAGUGGUUCCUUUUUCAAAGCAAAAUCAUCUAUCGUGAAACAGGGGUACAAAGCUAUGUAUAGCCUUAUAAAAUUGUAGAAUUACCAAUUGACAUGCAAAACAAUUAUUAAACAAAAUUGUAAAACCUGUCCUACUAUACGGAUGUGAGAUAUGGGGUUUUGGUAAUAUUGAUCGUAUUUAAAGAGUACAGCUUGAAUUUUAAAAUAUAUUCUAGGUUAAAAGUCAAAUACACCAACUUGUAUGAUGUUCGGUGAAACUGGUGUUAAACCACUAUCUAUUGAAAUUAAAUGUAGAAUAUGAUAUCGGUCUGACUUAGUCAAAUCACGACAGAACAAGUUACCGUGUUUGAUAUAUCGUAUGUUAUAAAAUAACUUUAAUAACUCCCAGACUGUAUUUAGAUUACGAUUUUAGUGGGUAAAAUUUGUUCUGAAUAUUUUGUAUGAAUGUGGACUUUAGAACAUAUGGAAUUACAAUGAAUUUCAUAACCAUAAAUUGUUAACGAUGUCAGUCAAACAAAAUUUAUCAGAAUAUUUUUAAAUGUGUGGUAUUCUGGUACUGAGAAUUCUAGUAAAUGCACGUAAUAAAGAUUAUUUAAACAUAAUUUUUGUUUUGAGACAUAUCUUGUAAAAAAGAGAAAAUAAGAAUCCCUAAAGAAAGCCCAAUACGGCGAAAUUGAAAAUGUUGCAGGCUCGGUUUUAUUAACUGAUUGAUUGUAAAACUCAAUCAAAAUCUUUUAUAAUAUAUGAUAAUAUGUAGAACAAGAAAUAACAAUUUGCCACUAGAAACCGGAUGUUGGAAAAGCAUCGAACUUAACAGGCGUAACAGUACAUUGUGGGAUAGAUCCAUUGGUUAUUAUCCAUUAUUAUAUUUUUGAGUGUCCGUGUUUUGAUAACAGCAGAAAAUGUUUUUGAACUAUUUAAAGAAACUCAAUAUGCAUUCUAUUGAUCUUCUUAUGAACACUGAUGUUAACCUUCCAGAUUACAAACAAAUUUCUUUAUUUAUUAAAGAAAUUAUAUUAAGGUUCAAUUGAGCCAAAAAUUGUAUAAAUUCUUUUUUUGUGGUGAACUGUAUUGAAGUAUUUGUUGCAAUACUGACUUUCCCGCAACAUUUAUGUUAACAAUUAAUAUCAUAUUAUAUUGAUACUGUCUGAUUCUGAAGCCUAAUUUAUUAUGUAAUUGUAUUAUUACCUCAUGUUGUCAUGCUUGCAUUAAAAUACAUUUUGUAAUUGAAAAUUUAAAAAUUCUUUUAAAAUUACAUACAUGUAUAUUAGUCGAUUCAGCUCAAUUUUACAAUGAUAACAAUGAGCACAAUGUCAAUUUAAUUUCAUUUUGUGCUGUACACUAGUACUCCCUAUAUAAAAGAAUGAUUAUCCAGAAAUACACGUAAUUAAGCCACAGAUUAAAUAAUGUUUAUAACACGUCCAUAAAAACACUUUAUUAUUGUGUUACAUAUUAUGUAAUAUAUCGUAUUUGCAAGAAAAAAUAUAACAGCAUAUAGCGUUGAUGUAGAAAAAUACUUCAGGAAUGAUCCCUCUUAUAGGCAAUAUCUUUGAAAAGUAUUCAAAUAACCUAGAACUACUGCCAACUGCAUUGGAACUGAGGUACUUGGAUUCAAACCUCAGAAGUGUAUUUUUGAAGUGUUUCUGUCUUUCAACAUUUAUUUAUGUACCUCUCAGAUCUUUCUUGGACAGAAAAGUGUUUGGUUUUAAUUCUUAAUCAAUAUAGAUAUUUAUUGGUGCAAUACUUCUAAAUAUGGUACCGGACAUUUUCAAAGUCUAUUUAAAUCAAAACUUCUCUGUAAAAGUAUUUAAUAUUUGACAGGAUAAACCCAUAACAUUUUACAAAAAAUUAAGAAAACUUUGAAAACAGCCCCUCAUUUUUGUUAAGGAUGUUUUGAAUAAGGCUCUCUUAGAAUGGAAAUAUUAAAUAGCUGGUGGGGGUAGGGUAACAUUUUUAUACAUACAUUGUAUUUCAGACAGUUUAGUGGAAACGGUCAUUUUGCUUUUGUAAUUUAAAUGCAAUUAUUUGUUUCUUUACAAUGUGAUAGGAAACAUUUUUUUUUAUAAUGAUGAUAUUACAGAUUAAUCAAAGUUUCCUCAUUUCUAAAAAGGAAGCCUUCAAAGUUUUAGUUUAAAAAAUAUGCCGAUAACUCGUAAAUCGUAUGGUUAAUUUUGUUGGUUGCAUACAGAUGUCCGUUUAGGCAUAUUACUGACUUAUGUUGUCAAUUUUCAGUUCAUUAUAGCACCCAUUAUGGGGGGUCAUACCUUAAAGUUGUAUUUAAUUUUAUGCCUUUGAUCUCGUUGGGUAUGUUCUUGUUCCAUCAAUAGUGGACUUCAACUAAUAUUUGAUUGAAAAGAAAAUCGACUAAAUCAUCUGAAAAUGGAAGGCAUGAACCAUUUUUACUAUUUUAGCAUUAUUUUAUAUCAUGUAUUUAAAUCAAAGAUGUAAUCAUUCAACUAGAUGAGUGACAAAACAAAUAUUUGUACGAAAAUAAACUUUCU